AUGGCGCCUCGCUGGUUUGGGAAAGUCGAAUCCAAGGCCAAAAAGCUGUUGUCUCCUUCGGCUCCUUCACCAUCACCUUCGCCGACACCCUCUCAGCCUGCAUCUGAACCAGCAGCUCGACCAACAUCUCAGCCAACGCCUUCUCCACCCACCUCGACGGAUUCCGAAACCUCACCGCUGCCGAAUCUACAGGAGCGACUUUGGAACCAGGCCUACGACGAGCUCAAAGCGAGCGAGCCCAAACUGGUCGAAGCGUACGAGAAGAUCCUAUCAGUUGGACUUCACCGAAAGGACCCGAGCUCUGUUACUUGCGAAUCAACCGAAAAUGAAAUAGAGGGUGCUCGUGAGACAAGAUGCCGCCAAAUGCAGCAGUUGGUCCGGGAUGGACUAGACCGGACGCAGAAAGCAGCGUCCAUCAAGCGAGGAAUCGACGAAGGCUUGCAAGCAGUGCAAGCGGUGAGGGGGAUAGUAGAUAAGGCGAUACAGGCCGCACCGGAAGCCGCCAUCGCCUGGGUUGGCGUCUGCCUUGGACUAGAGAUCCUUUCGAACCCCGUCACCGAGGCACGCUGCAAUCGCAAUGGCAUCGCCUACGUCCUGUCGAGAAUGGAGUGGUACUGGAACCUGCACGUCGUGCAGCUAUACGAGAAACUUCUCUCAUAUCAAGUGAAAAGCAUCUGCCUUUACCACCGUAACUGGGCUGCCGUGGUCUUGAGGGACGUGUUCCGACUAGAUGACUGGGCUGGCCAGCUCGACGACAUCCAGAAAGCCGAGGCUGCUGUUGGAACCGACUCGGGUCAAUACAACAAUGAACAGAGCAAGAUCUAUCUCCGGAAACUCACCGACACCGCAAGCGCUCUAGAGAUGAAUCUCCAAGACAUCCAUUCGGCCAUCCAGGAUCAAACACGACAGCAAGAGAAGAGAUAUCAAGACGCCAAGUACGAGAAAUGUAUGCAGGAUCUGCACGUGACUGACCCACGCGAGGAUAAGAAGCGAAUCCAAGUCACGAAGGGUGGCCUGCUCAGGGACUCUUAUCGCUGGAUUCUUGACCACGCUAAAUUCCAGCAAUUUCGCGACGAUCCGCAGAGCCGGCUGCUCUGGAUCAAGGGUGACCCUGGCAAAGGCAAGACCAUGCUCCUGUGCGGCAUCAUUGACGAGCUAGAGGAGGGAUCCAAUUGUUUUCUUUCCUAUUUCUUCUGCCAGGCCACUGAGACUCAACUAAGCAAUGCGUCAUCUGUGCUGCGUGGCCUCACCUAUCUCCUCAUCAUCCAGCAACCAUCGCUCAUCUCGUACCUCCGGUCCAAGCACGAUGUUACAGGCGAGAAACUCUUCCAGGGCAUAAAUGUCUGGGUGUCUCUGGUCGAGAUACUCACAGACAUGCUGAAGGACCCGACUUUGAAAGAUGUAAUCUUAGUCGUCGACGCCCUUGACGAGUGCAUUACCGAUCGACCCCAGCUUCUUGAUUUCAUCAUCCAAUCGUCGUCCAGUCCUUCAUCUCGCGUCAAGUGGAUCAUAUCCAGUCGCAACUGGCCAGACAUUGAGGAUAAACUUGACAGUGCGAAGCAGAAGGUCAGGUUGCCCCUCGAGUUGAACAAGGACUCAAUCUCCAAGGCUGUUGAUAUGUACAUUGGAUACAAGGUGGAUCGAUUGGCAUGCCAUAAGAAAUACGACAAGGAAACAAGGGACGCUGUCGAGGAUUACUUAACCUCCAAUGCCGACGGCACGUUUCUCUGGGUAGCCUUGGUCUGUCAAGCGCUCGCAGAUCCCAAGGUCCGAAAACGGCAUGCGCUCAACACGUUAAAGUCAUUCCCUCCGGGACUUGAUUCACUCUAUGACCGAAUGAUAGGGUAUAUCGGUGAUUCGAAGGAUGCGGACCUUUGCAAGGAAGUCCUGGCCAUCGCUUCGGUCGUAUACCGACCUAUAACCUUGGACGAGUUGAAGGUUCUUAUUGAGUCGCUCGAGGACCUCGACCAGGACGACUUGGAAGAAAUCAUCAGAUCCUGCGGUUCUUUUCUGACUCUUCGAGAAGGUGUCAUCUACUUUGUGCAUCAAUCAGCCAAGGAUUUCCUGCUGAACAAGGCAUCCGACCAAAUCCUACCCUCUGGCGCCGCACAUCAGCACCAUGCUAUCUUCGUGAGGUCGCUGGAGGCUCUCUCAGAGACUCUCGAACGUGAUGUUUACGAACUGGGCGUCCCAGGACUUCCCAUCGACCAGGUCUCGUCGCCCAACCCUGACCCAUUGGCUUCGAUACGAUAUUCUUGCGUCUUCUGGGUAGACCAUCUCGAUGACUCGGAAUCCCUGGUGAAGAUGAGGGACAAGAACCUACAGGACGCGGUGACUGUCCAUGACUUCCUUCGAAAGAAGUAUCUGUAUUGGUUAGAAUCUCUCAGUUUGUUACGCAGUAUAUCAGAGGGGGUCACAGCAGUGCAGAAGCUCGAAGCUUUAGUAGUAGUGAGUUGUUAUAAAGAAAACCAAGGAAGCGCAACAAUUAACGGAACUACUUCGCGACGCGCGCCGCUUUAUUCUUUCUCACAAGCGGGCCAUGGAGAUUGCUCCAUUACAGGUCUAUGCAUCAGCACUCGUGUUUAG